GCUUAUUGUUGGCCUGUUAGCAAGCGGAUGAGCUCGCAAGAUGGCGGCAUGACUGAGUAAUAACGUCGUAUUACAUGCUUAUUAUCUGGUUAUUAUCGGCGGAAAAAGAGAGUGAUGGAGAAUGGAGACAGGUCUGAUGCUGCCUCCAACAACCACUCAGGCACGCUACACUUGCAGACUCCCAAGAAUGAAGAGAUUUAUGAGAUCACAAUACCACUGGAAGAAAACAACUUUGAGCAGCAAGGAUUCUUCAACCAAACUGACACAAACUUUGAGGAGUGUGCGCCCCCUGCUGGCCGCUCCUACAUGCUGGUCAGCAGCCUGCGCACGCAGCUGCAGAUCUCUGCGGAGAAGAACUCCUGGCUGCAGAAGAGGAUCCAGGACCUGGAAGAGGAGCGGGACUUCCUUCGCUGUCAGCUGGAACGUUUCAUCGCCUCCACCAAGAACCAGGACUGCGAGCCCAGAAGGUUCUCCUGGAGACCAAGGAGACAGGAGGAACGUCCUGCGGAACAACAGACGCACUUUCCCCCCGAGCAGUUUUUCCAGCGAAGGCCGGCUGCUCCCGCUGCGACCCCCCCCAAGAACCACGUGUCCAACGCCGUGACCAACCGCCUGGCCUCCAUGAACACGCUCUUCACCUCCGCACAGUCCCAGGCGCUCUUCCAAGGCCUCGCCACUGCUGGGAAUUCAACCAGCAGCAGCGGUGGCGGAAGCAGCAGCGGCGCCGCCAGGCUAAACGGACAUCGCAACUUAACUCCGGAUUCUUUUGUCCUGCUGGGAGAAGGCGAAGAGUACGUGGAACAUGAGGGCUUCCUGCAGGAGGAGGAAAUGCUGCCUGCCGACGACGCCAUCAGCAGCAACAGGCAGCAGUUGAAGAGAAGGCGUAUAUUCCGAGGCCUUAAAGAGCGCCAACGAGUCAAAGACGCCGCCGGGGUGCUCUUCCGCUACAAGAAGAUCCUCCUCACCUUCCAGCGCCUGAAGAACAUGUCCAAGGCCUUCCAGAUCCACGGCGUGGACCGCAACACGGUGGCGUCCACCACGCCCAUCGCCGAGCUGCUGCUGGUGGCGCCGGAGAAGGUGGCGCUGGUGGGCGAGUUCGACCCGUCCAAAGAGAAGCUGCUGGACUACGCUCGCCGCUGCUACUCGGCGCUGGACGAGGAGACGCUGAGCCGCGUGCAAGCCCUGAAGAAGAACAACCUGCUCCUGCCCAUUUCCUACAGGUUUCGAACGGGCGGCCUCACAGAAAGCCCCAAAAUGGGGAACUCAACAUUACAGCCUGGUCCUGGACUCUCUGGUCCUGGACUCUCUGGUCCUGGACUCAUCGCCACGGCACAGAUCACUAAAGACCAUUCACUCUUUCACACAUAAGCCAUCAAUUGUUCAUGCAACCAACCUUGCUUUGCAGCAAAGAAGAAUAACAAUUAUUGAACCUUUUAUCCAACACACUUUAUUGCUAUCGAUUACGUCUCUAUUGAUAUCAUUUUUAUGGCCCAACCCUACUAAUUAGCAUAUAAUACAUGUUUUCUUUCCUGCCCAAACUCCGAUCUUUAUCAUGUAAGAAUAACAAUUACUGAACAUUUUAUCGAACACACUUUAUUGAUAUCGAUUACGUCUCUAAUUAUAUUGUUUUAUGGCCCAGCCCUGCUAAUUAGCUUAUGAUACAUGUUUUCUUUUCUGCCCAAACUCCGAUUUUCAUCAUGUAAGAAUAACAAUUACUGAACAUUUUAUCGAACACACUUUAUUGAUAUCGAUUACAUCUCUAAUGAUAUCGUUUUAUGGCCCAACCCUACUAAUUAGCAUAUAAUGCAUGUUUUCUUUCCUCCCCAAACUCCAAUCUUCAUCAUGUAAGAAUAGAAAUGAUUGGACGUUUUAUCGAACACACUUUAUUGAUAUCGAUUACGUCUCUAUUGAUAUUGUUUUAUGGCCCAACCCUACUAAUUAGCAUAUAAUACAUGUUUUCUUGCCUGCCCAAACUCCGAUCUUCAUCAUGUAAGAACAACAUUUAUUGAAUGUUUUAUAGAACACACUUUGUUGAUAUCGAUUACGUCUCUAUUGAUAUCGUUUUAUGCUUCAACCCUACUAAUUAGCAUAUAAUACAUGUUUCCUGCCCAAACUCCGAUCUUCAUCAUGUAAGAAUAGAAAUGAUUGAACGUUUUUUUCGAACACACUUUUUUGAUAUCGAUUACGUCUCUAUUGAUAUCGUUUUAUGGCCCAACCCUACUAAUUAGCAUAUAAUACAUGUUUUCUUUCCUCCCCAAACUCCAAUCUUCAUCAUGUAAGAAUAGAAAUGAUUGAACGUUUUAUCGAACACACUUUAUUGAUAUCGAUUACGUCUCUAUUGAUAUCGUUUUUAUGGUCAAGCCCUACUAAUUUUUAUACAAUACAUGUUUUCUUUCCUGCCCAAACUUCGAUCUUCAUCAUGUAAGAAUAAUAAUUAUUGAACCUUUUAUCGAACACACUUUGUUGAUAUCGAUUACGUCUCUAUUGAUAUCGUUUUUAUGGUCAAGCCCUACUAAUUUUUAUACAAUACAUGUUUUCUUUCCUGCCCAAACUCCGAUUUUCAUCAUGAAAGAAUAACAAUUAUUGGACGUUUUAUCGAACACACUUUAUUGAUAUCGAUUAUGUCUCUAUUGAUAUCAUUUUUAUGGCCCAACCCUACUAAUUAGUAUAUAAUACAUGUUUUUUUUCCUGCCCAAACUCCGAUGUUCAUCAUGUAAGAAUAACAAUUACUGAAUAUUAUAUCCAACACACUUUAUUGAUAUCGAUUACAUCUCUAAUGAUAUCGUUCUAUGGCCCAGCCCUACUAAUUAGCUUAUAACACAUGUUUUCUUUCCUGCCCAAACUCCGAUGUUCAUCAUGUAAGAAUAACAAUUACUGAACAUUUUAUCCAACACACUUUAUUGAUAUCGAUUACAUCUCUAAUGAUAUCGUUCUAUGGCCCAGCCCUACUAAUUAGCAUAUGAUACAUGUUUUCUUUCCUGCCCAAACACAGAUCGCCAUCAUGUAAGAAUAGAAAUGAUUGAACGUUUUAUCGAACACACUUUAUUGAUAUUGAUUACGUCUCUAUUGAUAUCGUUUUUAUGGUCAAGGCCUACUAAUUUUUAUACAAUACAUGUUUUCUUUCCUGCCCAAACUUCGAUCUUCAUCAUGUAAGAAUAAUAAUUAUUGAACCUUUUAUCGAACACACUUUGUUGAUAUCGAUUACGUCUCUAUUGAUAUCGUUUUUAUGGCCCAACCCUACUAAUUAGCAUAUAAUACAUGUUUUCUUUCCUGCCCAAACUCCGAUGUGCAUCAUGUAAGAAUAACAAUUAUUUAACCUUUUAUCCAACACACUUUAUUGCUAUCGAUUACGUCUCUAUUGAUAUCGUUUUAUGGCCCAGCCCUGCUAAUUAGCUUAUAACACAUGUUUUCUUUCCUGCCCAAACACAGAUCGCCAUCAUGUAAGAAUAGAAAUGAUUGAAGGUUUUAUCGAACCCACUUUAUUGCUAUCGAUUACGUCUCUAUUGAUAUCGUUUUUAUGGUCAAGCCCUACUAAUUUUUAUACAAUACAUGUUUUCUUUCCUGCCCAAACUCCGAUUUUCAUCAUGAAAGAAUAACAAUUAUUGGACGUUUUAUCGAACACACUUUAUUGAUAUCGAUUACGUCUCUAUUGAUAUCGUUUUUAUGGCCCAACCCUACUAAUUAGCAUAUAAUACAUGUUUUCUUUCCUGUCCAAACUCCGAUCUUCAUCAUGUAAGAAUAACAAUUACUGGACAUUUUAUCCAACACACUUUAUUGAUAUCGAUUACGUCUCUAUUGAUGACGUUUUACGGC